AUGGCAUUGCCCUUUGUAUUGCCGUCUCGAAAGGGCGAUGCGUGGUUUUUCACCGGCCUCACCUCGUCAUUCCCGAAUAUCACCGAGUCCGGCAGCGGCAGCCUCUACGAGCCUCAAGAAUGUGACCAAGUAGAUGCUACGCCCGGUUGCAAAGUGUUCCACGUCUCUGCCAGCGACAGCUCGCAGGCACGGCAGAUCGAAGGCGACGACAUGAUAUCCCACGACGGGGCGGCGUUGCAGGAUCAGGUGCUCGUGUUCCAGUACAGGGGCAAGUUCCAUGCCGUUGACAACGUAAGCACUCAAGAACAUUUGCCCGAACUGUUGAAAGGCCGCGAUGACCAACCAGCAGAUUAG